UCUGUCUGCCAAUGAGUGUGCAUGUAUAAGCAUGUCGAGCAGCUGACUCGGGCUUCCGUAGCUCAGGAUCACAUGACUAGAGACCAGGAAGCAGCGGGCCGUGAGUCGCCAGUGUCGUGUCUGGAAUACUUAUAAGAACACCUCAUUAUUUUCUAUCGAGCUGAGCUGUUUGGACAAGUGGAGGCGGCUGCACGACUUGACAUUUGCAAGGGAUAAUGGCCUCUGUCGGACAUUGUCUGCCGACUUUUCUAAACGGGCUUUUAAUCUGCGUCACUUUGCUGAGCGGUCUGAGUGUCACUGCCAAGCCGAACCGAAAACCUAACAUCGUUUUGAUUCUCACCGACGACCUGGACAUCGCUAUUGGGGGUCUGACUCCACUAGCCAAGACUAAAAAGUUAAUUGGAGAUGCAGGGAUCUCGUUCACGAAUGCUUUCGUGGCCAGCCCACUGUGCUGCCCAAGCCGGGCCAGCAUACUGACGGGGAAGUACCCCCACAACCACCACGUCAUCAACAACACGCUGGAGGGCAACUGCAGCAGCACGGCCUGGCAGAAGAGCCAGGAGCCCGACACCUUCCCAGCCCUGCUGCACAACCUGGGAGGAUACCAGACCUUCUUUGCUGGGAAGUACCUCAACCAGUACGGCGACGCCAAGGCUGGUGGACUUGGCCAUGUCCCGUUGGGAUGGACCCAAUGGUUUGGACUGGAGCGGAACUCCAAGUACUACAACUACACUCUGUCUGUGAACGGGAAGCCUGAGGUUCAUGGAGCGGAAUACAGCAAGGACUACCUGACCGAUGUUCUGGCCAACGUGUCGCUGGACUUCCUGCGCUACAAGUCCAAGUACCAGCCCUUCUUCAUGAUGGUGUCCACCCCGGCCCCCCAUUCCCCCUGGACGCCGGCCCCCCAGUACCAGGACACGUACAAGGACACCAAGGCCCCCAGGGACCCAAACUUCAACGUGCAUGGGAAGGAUAAACACUGGCUGAUCAGACAGGCCAAGACCCCAAUGAGCAACGCCUCCAUCCAGUUCCUGGACAACGCCUUCAGAAGCCGGUGGCGCACUCUGCUCUCGGUGGACGACCUGGUGGAGCGCCUGGUGCUCGCCCUAGAGGCCAGCAAGGAACUUGACAACACAUACGUCUUCUUCACUUCCGACAACGGAUACCACACCGGCCAGUUCUCUCUACCUCUGGAUAAGAGGCAGCUGUAUGAGUUUGACAUCAGGGUGCCUCUCAUGGUCAGAGGGCCCAACAUCAAGCCCAACCAAACCAGCAAGCUGCUGGUGGCCAACGUGGACCUGGGUCCCACCAUGUUGGACAUCGCGGGCUACGACGUCAACAAGACCCAGAUGGACGGCAUGUCCUUCCUGCCUGUGUUGGAGGGCCGGCUGAACGCCAGCAGCUGGAGGACAGAUGUGCUGGUGGAGUACGAGGGCGAGGGUCACAACGUCUCGGACCCCUCCUGCCCCCUGCUCGGACCGGGGGUCUCGGAGUGUUUCCCCGACUGUGUGUGCGAGGACGCCUUCAACAACACCUACGCCUGCGUGCGCAGCGUCGCCCCCUCCACCAACCUCCAGUACUGCGAGUUUGACGAUAACGAGGUGUUCGUGGAGGUGUACAACGUGACCGCCGACCCCUUCCAGCUGGCCAACAUCGCCAAGACCAUCGACCAGGAGGUCCUGGAGAAGAUGAACCACCGCCUCAUGAUGCUGCAGUCCUGCUCCGGACCCUCCUGCCGCACCCCUGGGGUGUACGACUCCAGGUACCGCUUCGAUCCCCGCCACAUGUUCGGCAGCCACCGGACCCGGCUGAGCCUACUGCGACACGGGACCAAGUGAGCAGCGGGAGGCCUGCAGAGAGGAUGAUGAAGUAAACGGAAGAAGGGCUGACGUGUGUGUGUGUGUGUGUGUGCGUGUGUGCGUGUGUGUGUGUGUGUGUGUGUGUGUGUGUGUCGUAGUUGAUUCUUUCCAGCCUUUUCUCGAUGUUGAUGCCUUAUCUCUGGGAGUCUCCCAAAGUUUGAUGAUUGAAUGAAGGACGGAGACCCUGUUUAGUUGACAGGGUAAAAUCAGAGGCCUUUUUUGAGUGGUUGCAAUGCCCAACACUGCCACUUUCAGUGGGGGGGGCGCCCUUUCUCUUAAACAGACCUGCUGUGGUACAGAGGUCCUUAAGAACCCAGAUCGUGGCUAUGUGCAUGCACACUUGGAGACCUAAAGGGGUCCAAAUCCCCAAUUCUCUGACCAAGUGCUUCUCUUUGGUCACCUUCCUGCUCGUCGUCACCCUAUCGUUCCUACACACACCUCCUUAAUGUGUUUCCUGCUGUCUGAACACCCUGGGAUAAAACGGAAGUCAACUCUGCCUGCUACAGUAUCAAUCAAGAAAAACUCCUGACCCCAUUGAUCCAUUCUUAGAGACAGUGUUUAUUACGAUUUGAAGCAAGUGAAAUGGGGAAUCCAUUUUCGUUUUCGAAUUGAAAUUGCAGAAGUCUAUAUAUAUUUUAUUUUUCAACCAUCUCCCACACUGCUUGGCAUGCCUCCGUUGAGUGACCCCUGUUGCCUCCCACAUGAGCCAUGAAGUGACCCGACCAGGACUGCUGACCCUAAAGGUCAGAGGGCAGCCGCACCUUUUGACCCCUGAAGUAAUCAAAAGCAAGAAUUGUCACUGUUUGGUGUGUCAUCAUGUCGGAUGAUGGUUGGUUAUGAUUCACCCAGUUUUAGUUGAAUCACAAACCAUUUGUGAACCCCACCUUGAAGAUUAAGCAACCCACUGUAGAAGUGUCAUCGUGAAUCAUUGUUGGUUCCUCUUGGUUCAUAUGCGUGUUUGGAAUGGGAGAAUGAUUUUUAACCUAAAUUAAAAUAAAUGUUCCAUUAGACGUUUAGAACAUUUCAUUGGUCUACUCAAUAGAACGGAGAACUUGUGCACAUACUGAAAAUUGGGGCAAAUAUUGACACUGCUUGAUGCUUGUUCAAGUAGUCUUUUAUUUGCCAUUCAUAAUUAUGUAACUGAUAAUUUGAUAGCUUCCAACUACAUUAUUUCAAUGACGAAAAUGACUUUAGUGUUACAAUAUUGUAGUCCAAGGGAACAUACAACUGUGAAACUAUAAAUCAAUGUCUUGCAACGCCAACACGACCAAAUCAUGGUUCCUUGCCUCCAGGUUUAGUUUCAGAAGUGAACGUGAGGAAUGAACCAGUCAAUGAAUUAACUCAAAUAGGGAACCAUUUUCGUGCUCUACUCAUCACAUGACAAGAUGGUAAUUAUCACUGAACAAUCUCUCGUAUUGUUUAAACAUAAGCUUUAGGUUAUACAUGUCCUUUUGUCACUCAAUUUGUUUUAAUUGAAGUACUGAUUACAUUGUCCUUACCUUGCAGACUUGUUUACUGACACCAAUUUAUGGUUCUGAUCUUUUGUGUAGCCAAAGAGUUCUUAAAUUCUGCAGUUUGUUGGACUGCCACUGUUGAAAUUAUUUUAAUCUUUAUUCCUGUUCAUGUUGCAGAUGAUCAUGUCUUUGCAAGUUUGAGUGUUGGCAUAUCUGGAUAGUCUUACCAAACUAAAUUAUUUGUAGGAGACAGCUGUACUGAAUCCAGACUUAACAUAACAUUCUAAUUAACGUAUGCACUUGUUGUGGCACUUUUUUUUUCAAAGAUUAAAUGUAUUUUGUGGCUUUUUGUUGAAAUAAAAGAUUUUCAUAUCACCCAGAAAA